AUGACACCAUAUCUAGAGGAAGCCAAGACAGACGUGCCCGUGCUCCCGGACACUCACUCCGGCAUACCAACAUUCCUCUUGGAGAAAGCCCGCGAUGUAAAGAAGACUAUCUUUGAAACGCGGACCAAGCCACUUAACGAGAGGCAGAGACUUCCAGUGAUCCCACAGGGCAUCGACAGGGACAAGUUCUUCGAGGCUCUGGAUGAGUUGCGCAAGGAGUUAGGGUCGGAGCACGUGGAGGUGAACGACAAGCCCCUGAAAGAUGGAUGGUACAUGGAGCACCCAAACACCCACGACAUGAUGACCAUCCUCGACGAGGAGGAGUUCGUCGCCUCGGCCAUGGCCUACCCAGGCAGCACGGAGGAGGUCCAAAAGGUCGUGCGCUGGGCAAACAAGCACCUGAUCCCCAUCUUUCCUAUCUCCAUGGGCCGAAACCUGGGCUACGGCGGCGCAGCCCCCCGCGUCCGCGGCUCCGUGACGGUGGACCUAGGCCGGCGGAUGAGCCGCAUCCUCGACAUCAGCGCCGAGGACUACACGUGCCUGGUGGAGCCGGGCGUGAGCUUCUACGCGCUGCACCAGGCGCUCCGGGACCGCGGGCUCGAGGAGCGCAUGUGGGUGGACACGCCGGACCUGGGCGGCGGCAGCAUCAUCGGCAACACGGUCGACCGCGGCGUCGGGUACACGCCCUACGGCGACCACUGGGCGUGCCACUCCGGGCUCGAGGUCGUGCUGCCCACGGGCGAGGUGUUCCGCACGGGCAUGGGCGCCAUGGAGGGGAGUAACACGUGGCAGGCGUUCCCGUAUGGCUAUGGGCCGUUCUCAGAUGGUCUCUUUUCCCAGUCCAACUUUGGGAUCGUCACCAAGAUGGGCAUGACGCUGAUGCCGAACCCAGGAGGGCAUGAAAGCUUUAUGUAUACAUUCCCGAAAGAAGAGGAUCUCACGCAACUCAUCGAGAUAAUCCGCCCCCUCCGCAUCUCCAUGAUCCUCGAGAACGUGGCCCAGCUCCGGCACGUAACCCAGACCAUAGCAGGCCGCGGCCACCCGCGCACAAAGUACUGGUCCGGCGAGGGCCUCAUCCCGCCCGAGGUGAUCCACAAGGCCGCGGCCGAGUCGCCCCUGGGCGACUGCACCUGGAUCUACUACGGCAUGAGCUACGGGCCCGAGCCGAUCCGGCGGUACAAGCUGGACAUCGUCGACAGGGAGUUCAAAAAGGUGCCCGGGUGCAGGAGGGUCGACCCGGCCACGCUGCCGCCGGAUGAGUACUUCUGGGCGAGGGACAGGGUCGCGGCUGGAGCCUGGGUGAACUGGGUCCCCAACGGCGCGCACAUAGCCUUCAGCCCCAUCGCCCCCAUCCGCGGCGCAGACGCGACGAACCUCUACAAGCUCGCGCGCGAGCGCCACGCCCAGUUCGGCGUCGACGUCUUCCCGGCCUUCAUCGUCGGCCUCCGCGAGAUGCACCUGAUCGUCGAGCUCGUCUACGACCGGCACUCCCCCGCCUCGCGCGCCGCGGCCCUGGCCUGCCUGCGCGCCAUGGUCGACGACGCCGCCGCCCUGGGCUACGGCGAGUACAGGACGCACCUCGCGCUCAUGGACCAGGUGGCCGGCACGUACGGGUGGGGCGGCGGCGCGCUCGCGAGGUUCAACGAGCGCGUCAAGGACUGUCUCGACCCGAACGGGAUACUGGCCCCGGGGAGGUGUGGGAUCUGGGGCGCGAGGUACCGCGGGAGGGGGUGGGAGAUGACUGGGGCCGAGGGGGAGACGAGCGAGGGGGCUGGUGUAGGUGGCGCCGGGGAGGGUGCAUCUGGUUGA